UCGAGUAAAGUAGAUACAGUAUAAUUUAAUUUAAAAUGAACAAUUUUAAUAGAAAUAUAGUCUAAAUAUUUCGAAUAAGUCAGUGAGAUUGUGGCGCAUUUGAAAAGUUACUAUCUUGGAAAAGAAUUGGGGAAAAAAAAAUUAGGAAAAAAAUGGAUAAACAGAACGAAAACAAUCAAAACGGAAAAUCCAAAUUAUCUACUAAUAGUAGAAUACCAGAUACGCUAUUUUUAUACAUUUCUGUUAUAACAGCUCAAUUAAUAUCAAUGGCGUCUGGAGCAUCGAUGGUAUGGACUUCACCUGUACUAGGAAAAUUGUAUUCAAAUAACACCGAAAUAAAUCCCAUAGGCAGACCGAUAACAACUAUAGAAGUUUCAAUGUUAGCAGGAAUACCAACAUUCACCAAUAUCCUUGGAAUACUCUUUAUGCCCAAACUGUCCGAUAUAUUUGGCAGGAAGCGAUAUUUGCUGUAUUCAGGACUCGUUAUGCUGCUAUCAGGAGUGGGCUUAGCUUUUAGUAACAGCGUGAUAUUAAUGAUAAUUACAAGAUCAAUUUUCGGAUUUCCCGGAGCUUGGACUGUCGCAUGUUUGUAUGCAGCAGAAGUGAGCGAGGAUCACAAUAGAGGAAAAUUCGGUUGUUAUUUCGGAAUUUUGAAUCAAAUCGGACAUCUAUUUGGAUUUAUAAUAGGACCCUUUUUCAGCAUGAGAUAUUUCACAUUGAUCAUCACUUCUCCUUUAUUAAUAUUCCUCGUUAUAUUUAUGAUAAUGCCCGAGACACCGAUGUAUUUGUUGGCUAAAGGUAGAGAGGAUGAAUGCAAAAUCGCUUUGAGGAAAUUGAGAAGCAACAAAAGCGAGGAAGAAAUAGAAUCGGAUUUGAAGCAAUUGAAAGAGAAUCAAAGGAAACAAUCGGAACGUGCAGGAAAAAUCACUGAUCUGGUGAAAAAGCGGGAAAACAUAUUAGCUGUAAUUUUUGGUUUAAUACCAGUGCUAGAUAAAUAUUGUUCGGGGGUUACCGUGAUAUUCACGUUUUUAGCCCCAUUUUUCGAUCAAGCAGGCACCAGCUUAUCAGGUGACCUCGUAGCAAUUAAAGAUUUGGUCGAAGAAGAAUGCUUCUCAUAUCUUCCACUGGUACAGCGAUACCCCUGUUUCUACUAG